ACAGAGAAAUCAGAUAUCAAGGAUCGACAACAACACCUUUAAAGGGCUACCACAGUUGGAGACUCUGUCCCUAUUGAAUAAUCAGAUAACAAGGAUCGACAACGAUGCUUUUGCGGGGCUAUCAGAGCUGAGAGAACUGUAUUUGUAUAACAACAUGAUAACCAGCAUUGAAAGCAUCGUCUUUGAGAAGUUACCACAGCUUCAGGAACUGUAUGUUGGAGGAAAUCCCUUUCAAUGUACAUGUGCUUUACAAUCGUUUGUGGAAUUUAUGCAAAGAAAGGGAAUUCUACUACAAAAAGAAACAUGGUAUGGUACACCGACAUGCAGUUCCCCUGAACACUUAAAAGGAAAGGAAAUCAUUAACGUUUCUUAUCACGAUAUGAGCUGUGACUCAACUUCCAAACAAGCGGUUACCCUUCCGAAGACUAAGGACGAUGUCCCUACACAACAGAUAAUCAAGACAACACCAAGAAUUGGAGACCAGCAAACCACAGAACCAGCGGUUACCUUUACAAAAUCAAAAGACGGUGCACUUACACGACAGACAGUUAAGACAACUCCGAGAAUCGGAGACCAGCAUACCACAGGUAAAAGCUGACACUAGUACACUAAUAUUAAUCAAGACGACUCUAAUUGUGUGUAAUUGUUGACGGUUUUUUGGUCACUGAAUACAGUACAAUGAACAUAAUUAUUAUCAUGAAUUGUUGAAAAAUGGAACAAUUCAAAUUUCGCGAUCACAAAACAAUAUUAAUAGCGUCAAUGAAAAAUACCAUUUUAUAUAUGCAACCCCCAUCCCAAAAAACCCAAACAAACAAAAAAACCAAACACAUUGUUUAAGCUUGCUGAUUCUGGGAAAUUUAAGGCAGGCAUUUGAAAUCAAGGUUCAUUAAUCUAAAAUCAGUGGAGCUACUUUUGACCAGACCAUGAAAUCUCCAGGCAGGUAUAUGAUAUAUUUAAUUUAUGUUUAUUAUAUUUAAUUUAUGUUAUAUGUGCAACUUUAUAUUUUGUUGGAAAUUGAAAAUAUUGAAUAUAGUUAAAAGCUGACAAUAUGUAUUAUAUGGUUAACAUAUGCAUAAAGUUUUAGAUUAAAACCUCAACAAAACUAUUCUAUAUGGUAUUUUUCCUACAAAAACCCGAGAAAACAUUUUUCGCGCAACAUUUCGCUUGCUGAACCGUAGUAAGAAAAGAUGUUCAAGGUCAACGUGCGUUCCAAAACGCCGAAGAAACAAAACCAAAGCAGCAUGGUCAAACACGGGUAUAGUCAUUGAAAAUGUUACUAUUAUUAAUGAAUCAAGGUAAGAAAAUAAUUGCAAAUAAUUAUGAAAUAUAUUACACUUGCAUUGAUGUCAUAGAUUGUUUACUUUUAUCAUGCAAACAUAGAUGACAAAGAUCAUCCAAAGUAUGUAUAUGUAAAUAUACAACAAAAUGUACAGGUUAAAAUAGCAGCCCUCCGUUUAUUUUAAAGGAAAAUCCACUAGCGACAUUCCUGUUGGAUUAAGAUAACUCUUCCGCUAGAGAGAGAUUUCUCAAGUGGUGACCUUACACAUCGAGGUAGUUCUAGUGUUGGUACUUACUGUGGUUCUUGACCUUGCUGUGGUGUGGGCGGCAGAGGAGCGCCAUCGUUCUACUCCCUCACUAUGGACGAGCUCUCCCAUUACCUUCAAGUAUGUAACGGAUCAUUGGGUACUUACAUCAGGUACAGUAAGUUACAAACAAUACAACUGCAAUACAUGAAUCUCUUAUGGAUUUAUCCUUACAACAUAAGACCUAUGGAUUUUUUAUUGAAUAUGGUGUAAUGACUAGGUUUGACAUUAUAACUUUCUUUUCAGCCCAACACCACUACAUACAGAAUACUACGCCCGAACAGCAAAGCUACUAGAAACAUCAAUAAGACACAUACUUUCUGAUAAUAAUAUAUUGUUCCUGCAAUGUUUACUUUCUAGCAAACUUGAUUUUUUUCCAAAGGUAUGUUGCAUUAUAGUUUGGAAUUAAUUAUGUGUUUUCCUUUAAGUUAGAAUGCUCCUUCUGCUAGAGAGAGAAUUCUGUACUGGUGAACUUGAACAUCAAGGUGGUUCUAGAGUUGGUACUUACUUCGAGUCUUGACCUCGAUGUGGUGUGGGAGGCAGACGUGCACCAUCGUUCUACUUCUUCACACCUG